AUGCGUCAACUCAAGCAUCACGAGAAGAAGCUCCUCAAGAAGGUCGACUUCCUGAACUGGAAGCAGGAUGCGUCUCAACGCGAGAUCCGUGUGAUGCACAAGUAUCACAUCCAGGAUCGUGAAGAUUACCACAAGUACAACAAGAUCUGUGGCAACCUGCGGUCGCUGAUCCACCGCAUCUCGCUUCUGCCGGCCAACGACCCGUACCGACAGAAGAAAGAGGCGGAGAUGCUGGACAAGCUCUACGAUAUGGGGAUCCUUGACGUCGGAGCCAAGCCGUCGGACAUUGAGAACAAGGUGACCGUGUCCUCGAUUGCUCGCCGACGUCUGGCGGUUGUCGCUACGAGGCUCAAGAUGGCGGAAAGCGUUUCGGAUGCGGUCAGGACCAUCGAGCAGGGACAUAUCCGCGUCGGGCCUUCUCCGGUCACCGACCCCGCCAUGCUGAUCACCCGCCACAUGGAGGACUUUGUCACCUGGGUCGACACGAGUGCUCGCAAGCGUACUAUUAUGAAGUACAACGACGAGCUCGACGACUUUGACCUCAUGUAG